CCCAGUCUCUCUGAAGUGCAUGGCCAGCACCUCAAACGACAGGAACGCCGCGACGAGUCUUGCCAGGGCAGAGCUGCCUGCUUGCCCGCCCACCACUAGCUGGCACGCAUCAAGUGCUGCUGAAAUCCCCGCUGUGUGCAGGAGAACAGCCGCCCGGUGCCGACUCAGCUCCACCAGCUCCGGCACCACCGGCAGUUUCGCCAUAUAGCUGGCCAUCUCCGGCAUCAGCGCCUGGUAGAACUCCACCACCAAGCCAUCAUUGGCCUUAUGUCGGGUCGCCGCAUUCACUGCGUGUCUCAGCAACACGCGCCCGUCGCAUUUGUCCGUCA